AUGACGACACCUCGUCUGCAGAAGAAGAGUGGAUCAGAAUCUAAUCAUGCGGGGAGAGGCUAUAGAGUGGAAUUAUGGACAGGAAUUAGAUUCCAUAUUCGGAAUAUUUACGAUGAUGUUCUUGGAAUUGAAUCACAACCCAAAAAUCAGGUUGUUGCUGUUAUUGUUACUGGAAUUGAGGGCUGGCUCAUGGCGCUUGAGCAGGGAUGCUAUCUGAUGCUGAAAUUUAUUAUAAUCGCUGCUUUACUAUGUGCGACACAAGCCGCCAAAUUACCUUGUUUUGAAAAACCCGUUGAAUGUGCCAAACCUCUGCAUCCACUUUUACAAUGGCUCGGAGGCUCCUUUGCCUGGCCAUGCCCAUCUACAAAAGCCAUCUACAAGAGCUCUGGUCGCUUUAUCCCGAGCAAUGUCAUCGCCACCCGUGCCCAGAUAUUAAGGGAUGAAAUCUUCGUCGCUCUGCCAAGAUUCAAGCCAGGCGUCCCAGUCACUUUAGGCAAAACCAGUUUGAAGAAGGGUUGCGCAGCUACAUUUGCUCCAUUCCCAUGCUGGUCCAUGCAGGAAGAAGGCAACUGCAACGCCUUGCAAAGCGUUGUCGAUGUUUUCCUAGACAGACAAGAAAUCUUGUGGGCUUUGGAUACUGGUGUAACUGAAACUUUGGAAAAUCCAAUUCGUCGCUGUCCACCCAAGGUUGUUGCAUUCGACACCAAGACUGGCAAAGCUUUGAAGACCAUCGAUUUAUCUCCCUUGACAUCAGAAAACUCUCGUCUCCAAUACUUCGGUGUCGAAUACUCUCCUGAUGGCCGUGUCUUCUUAUAUGUGAGUGAUGCUGCUACACGCGCUAUUUUGGUAUACGACGUCCAAGCUAACAAAGGAUUUAGAGUAGUUUUACCUAAACAAGUUAUAAACGGCUGUUCUCGCAAAGACGUUUUGUACAUUGCUUUAGUCACAAAGGAUUGUGGAACCAACUACUUGUAUUUCACUUACCUAAGCAGUUUGAGAAUGUUUGCUAUCAGAACUGACUAUUUACGCCAAGGUUGUGCCCAGGGCCGUAUUCAAGAUUUAGGACCAAAACCCACUAAAAUUGUUAUCCUCGGUACUGAUGGUGGUUCUGCUAUUUUCUUCAGACACGAAGGCCACAGCAACGUUUAUAGAUGGGAUACCAAUACAGAAUUCUUACCAAAGAAUUUCAAAAUUGUAUACCGUGGUGACAAUUGUCAUUUGGCUACGCAUGCUAUGCCAGAUCUCAAACACCAAAAAAUGCGUGUUCUAGAAAGUAAUUUCCCUGAUUUUAUUCAAGGAACGGUUGGAUGCGGCGCCUCUCAACAAUUAUCGGCUUUGCAAGGCUGUUGGUGAAGGAAUAAAUUUUACUGUGAAAA